AUGCAUCCUUCUAUUCAAUGUCAAGUGGAUACUACUUCCAUUACAAAAAAUUAUACUUCAGAUAACAUCAAAUAUCCAGAUGAUAUUGCUCAAUUGGACGAUGAACUCGAUGAACAAGACUCUUUAUUUCCUGACAUCACUAUUCUAUUCAACAAUACAUCGUAUCCGCUAUUUUCUACUACUGCUGCUCUCGUUCCAGAUGACUACAUUCCAUUCUCUUUUGAUUUGGACGAAGAAGAUCUUCCUUCAAACGUUUUGCUGAAUUCUCCUCUCUAUUACCUUGUUAGAGAACUCAAACAUGUAUUAAACAUUAAAUCUGAACUAUACGAUGUGUCCAUUCAGAUUCCUCAAUUGGAUUUAUAUGCUAUGCAUCAGGAUCUUCCUAUUCUCAAUCGAUUGACUCUUCCUACUCUUAUUGAAUUCCAUCAAGCUCGUCAUUUUCAAUCUGUAGGCUCUGACACUGCAUCUGCUCUUCCAUCACUCGAAAUCAUCCUGAUUCAGCAUCCAACAUCACUUAAACACCAGCUAAGUUUGCUUGAACAAAUCUGUACUGAAGGUGGAUUGGACUCGAACCCAAUUGUGCUAGACUCGGACGACGACAAUCUCGGUGAUGAGUAUGAAAAUAAUACACUUGCUUUAUCCACUCCCAUUCAACCGGUUUCUAAAGACUCGCAUUUUCAAAAAAAUGCUGCCGAAAUCGACAUCAAAGAUGAUCUGCUGAUUCUUGGUGACCACUCAUUACAUUCUGAUGGAAAUCUUGAACACACUGCUUCAUCUGUAUUUACUAUAUCAACUCCUGGUCGCAAUCAUACCAAUACUGUUGUUGAUCAAACUACUGAAGAUGAAAACGACAAUAAUGACUGUAUUGAACAAGACAAUCCAAAGACUCAAAUAGAACAAACUUUGAGUUUGAACGAUAAUCAUAGUGCAUGUCUUGUCACUCAAAUCUCAGAUCCUACAGUCGAGGCUUUUAUUUCUACUCCUCAUCAGCCCUUGUCUGCAGAUUCAUCCAAUCCCAUUUCUACUACUGAGUGUGAUACAACUCAAGUCUUGCCUACAGACUCUGAUCUUGUAAUACAACCAGUAGGUAUAGACGAUCAUGCAAGUGAAGAUGUUUUGGCAGACGCGAGUAUGAUUGAUCCUGAAAUCUUGGAUGCAUUUGACAGCGAAGUGGUCAAUGAUGAAAUGUAUGCUGAAGAUAUUGAUAAUGAUGAAACCUAUACUGAAGAUAUUGGUAAUGAUGAAACUUAUGCUGAAGAUAUUGGCAACGAUGAAACUUAUGCUGAAGAUACUGGCAACGAUGAACAUAUCGAUGCAGAUGGAUCUAUUGCAUUCACUACUUUUGUUUCUGACAACACUCUUCAAGACGUUGAUAGUACUGUUCUUGAAAACACUGAAGCUCAUUUUGAAGAUGGUUUUGUUGCUGAAGAAUUCGAGUAUACUGUACAAGGCGAUGAAAGCACUGAUCAAUACUCAUCCAACAUCAAUGAUGACACUAUCGAUGCAGUGGAUUCUACGCUUAUCAUUGAUUUGGACGUUGCUAAAGUGGACGAUCAUCAAGGAGAUGAAGGCACUGAUCAAGUAUUUGACGAUCCACUUGUAGAAGUUGAACUGGACAAUAUGGAUGCGUUGAUGGAUGACAUGGAGUAUACAGAGGAAAUCGAUCCUCAUGUCGAUGAAAACGACGUGGCACUCGAUGUUGAUACAGAUCAUCAGAGUUUACAGAAUACAGAUCAAGCCAAAGACAGUGCAGAUGCUCAUAUCUUGCUGGAAAAAGCGACAGCUGACGCAAUACAUGACACGGCUUUGGAUGCGGUUUGUAUUGAUCCUACCAACAGCAAUCUUGAUAGUGAAGUUGAUGAUUUGAACGCAUACAAAUUCUCUUUAGGUAGCAAACGGGAACUCGAGCAGGAGCACGACGAUGCUGCUGCAAAACGAGCCCGUGUUUAAUGGAUGCAAUUACGUAUGAAGAUGUUGUAGCAAAAUUGUGCAUUGAUGGAUAUAGCAUUUGUUUUUUUGUAUUCUACUAUUCUACCAAAUAUUGGCAGCUGUGCGAGUGAUAUGUUUUGAGCAUUCCCAUUGUUUUCCUAUAAUUCUUAUAUUUGCCGUGAUUUCUUGUGGUAUAAUCACCUUUGAAUUACAAGGUUGAUGUUUGCAUUUUUCUAAUUACUGUGGUAUGUGGAUUUAAAUGAUGGACAAGGUUUGUAAUGUUCUUUUAUAGCAUUUCCUGGUGUUGGGUGAUUCCGUUUGCUUUUAUGAUGAUUAUACUGUCAGUUUAUCUAGAGUUUGAUGAUACUUGAUGCUCGACUGUUUUAAAUCAAAAAUAGUGUUUAAACGUAUACUGAUUACUUGUAAUGAUCAGUAUACGUUUAUAUUCAGCUCAACAUGCAUGACUAAAUAUGCUUUGUAAGGCUUUAUCAUUUCAUGAUCAAGAAAAAUAACAAGAAUCUGCAUAUCUUGAUUUUUGGACUACUUGAUGUAAUACAUGGUACACUUGCAAUACCACCCUUAAUACUAUCCAUCGAUGCACAACUUUUGCUACUAGAUCUUUUACGUAAUGCAUUUGGCAUUAGUCUGACGUUUUCUAAACACAUUUUCUGCUUCAUAUACAUGCUUGAUUACAUUUGGAAACCAAUUUAGUUGUUUGUAAGCAUUUCCUGGCCAUCCAAGAAUAUAUAAAUAUAUUUAAUGGAUUAUGGAAUGGAUUUG